AUGUCGGGCACCAGACCCUCGACACACGCGGAAAAGAGAAGCAGCGGCGUGGCGGGCUUCGGCGAUCGGGGCUCUGGGGCCUCCGCCGCAUCCCGGCCCCGCAUGUCGGAUGGCGGUGGAAGCUUCAGGGCCGACGCCAGCAAGCCGUCCGAUCCAAAGAUCAGCAGCCGCUAUGCCGAGGCGACACACAAGCGGUCUACGUCGGGCCAUCCAAACCUACGCUCGGCGAGCAGCUCUUUCGAGGAGCGAGAGCGACGCACCGAGAAGGUGCAGGUGACCACGCGAGAGACCCUCACAGCCCGCACGAGGAGCCCGCAGCGCCGUAGCACAACCACCGAGAAGGGUAGGACCGCCGACGGGCCGAAGCAACGAGCGCCCGAGCCAAGGCCAAGGGAAGCCAGGCAGGAGACACCGGUGCCAGAUAAACCUCACCCGCCGCCAUGGGAGCCGGAGGCGACGCUGCUACCGCACACGACAGCACCCCUGGCAUGCCGCAUCUCCAUCCCUCCACUCGCAUCGGCCGCGCCGCAGGGCCUGCAACCCAAACCGCUCCACGAACUCUCGCUCGACGCUCAGGAGGCCGUCAUUAUCGAAGACCUGUUGUUUGUCUUUAUGGGAUUCGAGGGCCGGUACAUCCGAUUUGCCAAAGGCUACAACCCUUUCGAAGAGCGGGACCGCUUGUCGGGACCCCAAUGGCGCAUCCUACCGGGACUGGACCCGAGUCUGCAUGAUCUCACCCAAUCGAUGCUGCGCAUGGCCAGUCACUACACAGCUCUCGAGACCUUUGUCGACGUGCAGAGCCGUGACGAGUUUGGCUCGGUCAACCACGCCUUGUGUGCGUCCAUACGUAAGCUGCUGCAGGAGUACCUCGUCAUGGUCGCCCAGCUCGAGACACAGUUCCUCUCAAACGACGCCUUCACGCUGCAUGUGCUCAACGUGCAUGUAAUGCCGACGAGCCACAUGAUGGCUCAGCUUUACGCGCUGGCGCACGAGUUGCUGAAACGGAACGCGCUGCUGGACGACGAGACGGACGAAUCAAGCGACAGCAACGACGACUUUGACCACAUACUGGAGCAGCUGAGGGAAGGCGGUGAGCUGGUACCGGGCAAUAUGACUGGGAAAAAGAUAUGCAAGGGCGGGGUGGUGCUCGGGGUCAUCACUAAGAGGCUAGAAUCCAUGUCAGGAGAUCCGGCAGCUCGCGCUCUGCUGACAUCGCUGCUCCGCGACGCAAGCCGGCCGUACAUGACGAUGCUGAACGAGUGGCUCCACCACGGUGCCAUCAACGAUCCCCAUUCCGAGUUUCUGAUUAAAGAGCAGCGGAGUAUCCGUCGGGAGCGGUUGGAGCAGGACUACACCGACGAGUACUGGGAGCGGCGGUAUACCAUCAGGGACCAUGACGUUCCGCCCCAGCUCGAGGGCGUCAAAGACAAGGUCCUGCUGGCUGGCAAGUAUCUAAACGUGGUCAGGGAGUGCGGCGGGGUCGACGUUAGUCUGCAGGUUAAAGAUGUGCCGACUUCGUUUGACGACAGCCACUUUCUGGACAACGUCAACAACGCGUAUGCUCACGCGAACGAAUCGCUGAUGCACCUGCUCCUGACAGCUCACGGGCUCCCGGCACGACUGCAGUCGCUGAAGCACUACUUCUUCCUGGAUCCGUCGGACUAUUUCUCCUAUUUCCUCGAAUUGGGUGCUUCAGAGCUGCGAAAGCCCGUCAAGUCGGUCAACACGGGCAAGCUGCAGUCGUUGCUCGAUCUCGUUCUGCGUCAACCCGGCAGCGUGGUAUCGCUGGAUCCGUUCAAGGAGGAUGUCAAGGUCGAGAUGAACGAGAUCACCCUGACAAAGUCGCUUCAGCGUGUCGUCAACAUCACGGGGAUUGAGCAGGGCGAGACACUACAGCCGUUGUCGAGCAACCAGCCACCAGAGAGUGACAAGAACGCCAACGGAUUCACCUCGCUGCAGCUCGAUUACGCCGUUCCCUUUCCCGUCUCGCUCGUUAUCAGCCGCAAAACGUUGUCAACAACCUGGCAGACGCACACAAGGGGGUUCGUGUGGUCGUACAAGUCGUCGGCGCGCAGCCUCGAGAUCUGGAAGCGCCGGGUGUGGACGCUGCGCGCGCGCAUGCUUGUCUUUGUCCAGCAGCUGCUGUACUUUUGUACCGCCGAGGUCAUCGAGCCGAACUGGCAGAACCUGAUGGCGCGGUUGCGCAGGAACGAUGGUGGCAAGGACCAGGACGGCACACCGAAUGCCUCGACGGGCGUCACCCGCACUGUCGACGAGUUGAUGCAGGACCACGUGGAUUUUCUCGACACUUGUCUCAAAGAGUGCAUGCUAACCAACAGCAAGCUGUUGAGGAUACACUCCAAACUAAUGCAAACCUGCACCGUUUUUGCAACCUACACCAACUGGCUCUCGCGCGAGCUCGAAAAGGCCGACCCGGACUUGUCGGGCAUGAAUAAACCGCCCAACAUGACGGCCGAUCAGUGGCGCCACUUUCAGACGAUCCGCACUCAGAAAGCCACGUCCCAUGGGCAGGACCCCAAUUCGUCGGCGCUCCAACCCGCCGCAGCAGACGGCUCAGGAGGAGGCGCAGGGACGGGUGACGAGGCGCGUAUUGGGGAGCUGUUUGAUGUCAUGCGUAAGUGGGAGACAAACUUUAGCCGGCACCUGCAGAUUCUGCUGGACGCGCUGAACCAUUAUGCUGCGACCGAGACGGUGGUGUUGUUGAGUCUCUGCGCGAGGCUGAGUACGGCGAACCAAGGGACCGAGUAUGCCGGGAUGAGGGGGGAAGAGGAUGGGAUUGUCUGAGGUGGCGGGAGUUGAGAGGUUUACUACUGCGAAGCAGGGAAGGAGUUCAGGCAUCGUCUUUGGGUUGGGGUCAGGGCUGGGGCGCGUGUAGGAGUGGGAAUACGUGAAUAUUAAGAUCGGCUGCAUCAGUGGAGUCUGAGGAGGGUUGGAAUGGUCGUGUCGAUGGUAGACAUGCUCUACUGCUCGGGACCUAUAUGUCGUAUCAAUACAGGUACUGACCCCCUCGCACCAAGAUGACCCUGUCUUUUCGACUCUGGGUUUCUUCGCUCUGGGUAUUUCUCUGUCUUGGGAUGAACCGAAGAAGGAAUGGAAGAAGACUGGAGAAGCAAGUCAACAUGAUC